AUGACAUACCAAUUAGUUCUAUUAGCACGGCCAGUAAAUUAUCUCUUCCACUAUCCUAAAGGUCAUGAUAAGCAAGAACAUGGAUGGUGUGAGGCCCUGUUUCAAUGUGGGAACAUAACCGCUGGUUUCCCCUUCUGGGGAGGGAAUCGUCAUGAACAUUGCGGUCAUCCAUCGCUGAAGCUUCACUGUAACAAAAACAACAGUGCCACUUUAAUCAUCUUAGACCAAGAGUACUCUGUUCUCCAUCUAAAUCAUACAUCUUACACUCUUACACUUGCCAGAAGAGACCAUCUUGGUUCUUUUUGCUCCUCUAAUUUCACCAACAUUAUCUUGCCUCCAAAUAUUUUCGAGCUUUCCUCAACCUACGAGAACCUCACUGUAUUCUACCAAUGCGAAUCUUUUCAUCCUUACCUUCCGAGUGAUACAUGUCCAAAUAAAGGUUUUAUCUCAGUCUCUGACAAUCCUGGAUAUCAUGAGACCUGCCAUGAUAAUUUCACCGUGAACGUUCCUAAGAGCUUUGUUCUGAAAGAGGAAGAGAGGGAUGUGGCACAUCUGGAAAGUUCUCUGAAAAAAGGAUUUGAGGUGAAGGUGAAGAUCGAUGCGAAAGCGUGUGAAAAAUGUUUAUCCUCGCAUAGAAGAUGUGGCUUCAACGAAUACUUACCAUCAGAAGUUAAAUGCGGUCCACUCCCUCCACAAACUGGAAUCUCUCCUGGAGCGAAAAUAGGUUUAGGAGUAUGUGUUAUUCUGUUUGUGCUUCUUGUCAUAACAUCGUUUCUUCAAAUUCUCCGAAAGAGAAAGAGAAAAACAUCACAUGACAUGACUCAACAGAACCUCAAGACUCUUAAUCCACAACAUGACCUCAAGGCGCUUAUUACGCUGAAGCAGUAUAGUUAUGCAAAUGUGAAGAGAAUUACAAAGUCAUUCACCGAAGUUCAUACUUCUAAGAAGUUCUCGUUGCUGAGUUCCAAGAGCAAUCUUCCCUGA